AAAAAACAAAAAAAACAAGAAAUUCAAAAUUCUUAAGAAAAAGAAUAAUAAACAAAAUGGUUAGCAUGAAACAAAACUACCUCCUCCUCCUCUCCCUGCUCUCUCUCCUCUUCCUCUCGGCUUGUUUCUCUGCCUUGGCCACUUCUCGGCCGCCGGUAGCCCUGGGUGGGCGCUGGACCCACAUCAAGGACGCCCAUAAAAACCUCCGUGCCGUGGCGACGGGGGAAUUCGCCGUUAAAGAGUACAACAAGCAAUCCGGGACGAACCUGACGUUUGUACAGGUUGUGAAGGGUGACACGCAGGUUGUUGACGGCACCAACUUCCGCCUUGUGUUGGCCGUGGAGGACGAGAAAAGCAAGAAGAUGGAUUAUGAGGCUGUUGUGUGGGAAGACAUCCAUAGGCGUUCCAGGAACCUCACUUCCUUCAGAGCUCUUCUCCAGUAGAAUCAUAUUUAUUUCUAUAUAUUCUUAAAUGCAUGAUAUGUGAAAAUCAAUGCAAAUAUAUAUUCGAUAAAUAAGUGGGUUUUACUACCCCAUUUCAUUCAGUUGGUUAGAAUAUUCUAGCUAGCUACUUAGUAUAUAUUGUUAGGUGUUUGUCUAUAAUAAUCAUAAUGUUUUUUUAUUA